GGUGCUCAUGCCACGUGGGGAUUCUGGGCGUGUGUUGUGCUGCUGUCCGUCCAUGGGAGUGCGCGGGCGUUGAACGCCAACGCCGCGGUGAGCGCGCGCUCAGUGUGAGCACGCACGUGGCAAGAGGAGUCCAGCGGUGACUGAGUGCGGCCGGUCGUGAGCCGUGGGCGAGUUGUCGCGUGAGUCCUCAGGACAGCACCAUGCGUCUCAUCGUGGCUUUAGUUCUGCUGCAGCUCAUGACCGGGAGAGGACUGGGCGGCGCUCAGGAGUGGACGAGGGAAUCGAUGGGAGACUCCCGGGAGACGGGGGAGUGGGAGUCGGGCGACGAGGUGGAGAUGGAGCCGGAGCACUUGGAGGGGGUGUUUGGUGAAUGGGAGGCGCCGGACGAGGUGAUGCCGCGGGUCCAGCAAGACCGCCUGCUGUGCGUGCGCUGUCACCCGCAUGCGAUCUGUGAGACCCGUCCUGACGGCAGCCAGCGGUGUCUCUGUAAACACGGAUUCAUCGGGAAUGGCAUCACCGUGUGUAAUGAUGUGGACGAGUGUCUCAUGGAUGACACCUGUGCAAAGCAUGAGCUCUGCCAGAACUCUCCGGGGAGCUUUGAGUGCCGCUGCCGCGCGGGAUUCACACGGAGACGGGGACGCUGUGUAGAUUCCCAGGCCAGGAUUGCCAUGAACGCAUCGUCCGCAUCGUCCGCAUCUGAGCGCUCAUCGUACCCCCUCACCACCCCCGCUGCCAACUCGUCCGCCUCGCCACGGGCACCGCUGCCAACCUCCGGCCCUGCAUACGAGAACGUGACGAAGGUCGCUCCGUGCACGCCCUGCCACAUUGACGCGCGCUGCAACGCAACCACGGGGCGUUGCAUGUGCGUCGAAGGUUAUAUUGGCAACGGCAUCACCAUCUGCGAGGACAUUGAUGAGUGUUUGGAUGACAUAUGCGACAAGACGUAUAAUUGCCACAACUCUCCAGGCAGCUACAAGUGCAUCUGUCCGACCGGCUUCCGCGAGAAACGAGAUAAAUGUGUGGAGAAUCCAAAAAAAGCCAAGAGGCAUCCAUGCCCUGCUGCGAGCGUGUGCGGUGUCACGUUUCCUGAGACCUCAACAAACUUCGCGAUAGUUCCAUGUUACCCCAACUCCACAGGUUUCGCCAACUAUUCCUGCCACACCGUGAGCGGCGUUUGGUUCAAGAAAGGGCCCAACUUCAAAGGCUGCACCAUCCAGGGUCCCGCGAGGCCCACGCGGCAGCGCUGGACGAGCGAGAUCUGUGGAGCCAUGACCGAGGCCGAUGACUUAAUGGGACACGGCGACGACGCGACCAUGGAGUGGGCAGCGUCCUUGGCGGCGUCCCUGCUGCCCCGUGAGCCCCCGCGGGACUGGGCAGAGCUGCCCCCCGCCGAAGCCGUCCACAUCCUGUCCCGUGGCCUCGCCAAAAUCGACCAGGCCAUCAGCGUGGCCGCCACUCUCCUGAAACGCCCAGGGCAGGUCAUGCGAGGCCAGGCUGAGGGGAAUGAGCUGGAGGUGAUGUCUUUGCACCCUGGAGUUUCCAAUCUUCAUUUCGUCUCGAGCGGAGUCGAAGCUGGAAUCUACCUGAGCGUCAACAACACGGAACUCACGCCUGGCGCGGCGGCGGUCUCGUUUGGCUACAACCCGCACGUGCACUCCCACCUGCCCCCCCUGCCCCUCGUCCCCGCCGUGGGCGCCCACGACUCCUCGCCUCGCGGCCCCCUGCGCAUCAUCUCGGCGGUGUUGUCGGCCACGCUGCUGCCGAGCGCUGCGCGCCACGUGCAUCUCACGGGCAACGUGACCUUCAGCCUGAGGCUCUUGGAGAAUCCGGAGAACGGGCUUGUGCAGUGUGGCUUCUGGGUGGAGCAUGCGAGCACGUGGAGCACGCUCGGCUGUGAGGUCGCGUUCCUCAACCACAGCCACGCCCACUGCUCCUGCUCCCACCUCACCCACUUCGCCAUCCUCCUCGCUCACCGCCCGGUAUCGGAGCACGAUGCGUCGAUCCUCUCCGUGUUGACGCGUGUCGCACUCUCCGUGUCGCUGGUGUGCCUGGCGCUGAGCGUGGCCACGUUCACGCUGAGCCGUGCGUUGCAUGGAGCCCGCAACUCUGUGCACGCCAAUCUGUGCGCGACGCUCUUCAUCGCCGAGUUCAUCUUCCUGCUGGGCGUGCAUCAGACAGCAUACACUGUGCUGUGUAAAGUGGUCGCCUACUUUCUUCACUACUUCUUCCUUGCCGCGUUCACCUGGAUGAGCCUCGAGGGCGUCUGCCUCUACUUCAUGGUCGUGCAGGUGUUCCAGUCACGUGACCUGCACGUGCGCUCACUCUACGCUGUCGGCUACGGCGUGCCAUUGGUCAUCGUGAUCCUCACAUCGGCCAUCGCCCCCGGCUCUCAUGGAACCGACACAUACUGCUGGCUGGAUAAGAGCAUCUACUGGAGUUUUGCGGGCCCCGUGCUGUGCGUGAUCACGACAAACCUGGGCUUCCUUGGCAUCACCAUGUACAAGAUGAUUCGGCACAGACACCCCAUCACCCCCGGGGUCUCGUGUAUGGAGACAAUGCGGGUGCUGGUGCUGUCAUCACUGGCCCUCACCUUCCUGCUGGGCGUGCCCUGGGUGUUUGCCCUGUUCUACGUGAGCGAUGGCACCGCCUUCGCACUCUACAUCUUCACGGUGUUCGCCGCUCUGCAGGGGCUCUUCAUUUACAUCUUCCAUUGCCUGCUGCAGAAGAAGGUGCGUGACGAGUACGUUCGAAUCGCGCGGCGUCUCUGCGGCUACACGGAACUCGUAAGGGGAUCAACAUCAUCCUCCAGUGGCCACGGAACCCGGACACGGGGCUCGGUUGGAAAUGGCUUCGGGGCGUCCAUCAAGUUUGAAGAAAUGAACCAGGGGUUCCGAUCGAAUGGGCUUCAACCAUCUCUUACUGAAAACGGAGGCGGUGGUCACCUGAAAACAUUUGCCAAGCCCGGGACUGACUGAGGCUUUGGGCCUGAAAACGUCCAGGCCUGGAUGUGGGCUUGAUGCCUAAUUCGGCCUUGAGGUCUAGGAUGUUUAAUAGAGGACCAAUAUCACGGUGUUUGUGAUGCAGCACCAAACAUAACACCAACACAACACAGAAUCAAACUAAGAAACAACAAUACAACACGUACAUAUCACAAGCAUGACAACACAAUACAUGACACGGACAAAUGAAACGCAAUUCACGCCUCAAAAUACAACGCAAUGCGCAACACAUUCAGAGCGCAAUGCAUAACACAGUCACAUCAAAACAAUACAAAAACAACACAAUACACAAAACAACACAAAGUAAUAUGUGAACACGAUCCACUCAACAUACAUAACGCAAUACACCAUGUAAUAUUAAAUUAUUACAAUGAGGCAGUGUUCCUGACAAAGGUGGAAGAUAUUGUUUGUGCGUAUGCAUCACUGUCAAUGCUUGCCUUUAGUGUGAACCAUAUUUGUUUUUUUUCAUUACACUGAUUGGUAUUGCACACGGUCAUUUGCGUUUAAUUUUAUAAUAAAUCACACUCCAGCAAUCAAAGCUGUUCUAUAAGCCCUAGUCAACCUUUCCUCAGUGGGAGGCUGCUUCAAUCACUUCUUGCCCCAGUUGUCUGGAGCUGCCUUUCCCCAGCCAUCUCGGCUGCCAAUUCCCCCGCGCGCUUGUUCAAGUCCAGGCUCAAAGCCUUGCUUUUGACCUCUGCCUAUGCCACACCUCCGAUUAACACGGUUGGCUACGUACGGUGCGAAAUAAGUUCAACAUGCAUAUAUACGUGCCCGACUGCCUCUCUGUAUUCAACAAAUAUUCCCAUAGUUUCUUUAUCGCGUCUAGGGUUGCAGUCCCAUUUAGACGCUGUAUAAAAAUUACAUUGUAGUUAAAUCACGGUUACCGAUUGGUCGUAAAUCGCAGGCGAUUUAACAGAUAAUUCAGAAAAUCGCAAGGUAACCAAGUCAAGUUGACGAACUGAGAAUUUAUUUCAGUUUAAUCAUAAAUGUAGUCAAUAUCAUAAUUAUAUUUCUUACAUGGUACUGUUAGUAAAAUAAUAAACUGUACAUCAGUAAAGCAAGUAAGCUACCUACUGAUAUUGUAUCGUAGAACAUGAGUGUCAUCCCCCUGCCUGCCUGGGUUUCUCCAAAUACUCUGGUUUAUUCAAAUGUGAAACAACAGAAAGGCAUUGAUCAAUCAUACCAAUACAGGAACCUUCUAAAAAUAGUCUUGAGACUCAGUGAGGCUUUUCUGGAUAAAUGACUUAUUAAAAAUUAAAUUACCUUUAGGAUUGACUGCAAGGAGAUCAUGGUGGAGUUUUAUUUCAGCGAUUGGCUGAAAUACCAAUAAUCUCUGCCUCAAUCGUGAAGCUGAAGGUCCUUUGCCUGGGAAGUUUGACCAAUUUCUCACUGAGUUUUUGUUGCACAUUUGAGGAUACCGGAGUGUCCAGAGAAACUCUACGCCUAUGAUGGAGAACGCUAAAAAAAAAAUCCGUGCCGUCUCCGUGUGACCGUAACCUUGCCAUCAUGAAUUCUACUCGCCCAGUUGUUGGGCGUUAAAUGACUGAAAUGUGAGUGACAGAGACCUGACUUGGGAGAUUGUUUUGUAAUUGAUUGAAAUGUCUUCGUAUGAUCAGACGUUUCACAUUAUCUGGCAGUAUUUUGAGCAAAUUUGUGUAAUGAUUGUCGAAGAAAACGUUUUAGCUUAUGUAAAAUGAGCAUUGUAAAUACAUACAACAUUUCUGCACCUUAUUCACAUAUAAAUGCUUAUAUAUCUGCUUAGAGUAAUGUCGUUUCUUCUGUAAUAUACCAAUUAAGCUUUAUCUGCCGAAAUAGGCCCUUCCGUGCCUUUUGCCUGGGCGCUCUGCCUAUUUUCAGUUAACUUGCUGGGGUGAGUCACCAAGGUGAAAGGGAAGUCAAGAGCUCUCAUCCAGCCUCUAUCCACCGGUUAUUGACAAGAACUCACAAUGUGAUUGCCUGCGAAAUCAUUGUAACUGUAAUAACGGGCAACUGGGUUCAAAUAACACCGAUGAAUCUGGCAGUUUUUAUGCCUUUUGGCAACUAUUUUUUUAAACACUUCAAUAGUAUGAAUCCAGCGUCGGUAUAGGCCUUUCAGUGUUUUUUUGGCAUUCUAAUGAACUUAAGAAUCCCAAAAAUGCCUCAAUUUCACCUGUGAUAACGCAUGGCAAACCGCAGUAGUUUGCAGUUGAAAAGAUGUUGAUUUGAUUAAUUUAUUAUAAUCGCAAGUGCAGCACUUGGUUCUGCAUUUAUGGUAUAAAAGCGCUUUACACGCAGAAUCGUAAAUGUAUUUUUCAUAAACAAAACUUAGCCAAUGAUUAAUUUCACAAAGGCGUAGGAAGAUAUCAGCUGCCAUAUGAUUCCACAUUUAUUGCAGCGGGGCUUGUUAGUAAGCAAUCUCUUAACAUGCACAUUUAUCAAUAAGGCUGUUUAAUUUAACGAUACAUUUAAUCAAGCGACCAGUGUGCCUUCUGCAUCAGCGUAGUACAAGAGCUUUUGUCUAAACACGCCAAAUCCUGGACUGGUUGGGACUUAAAUUAAUCUCAACAGGCCUGUAAACUAUUUCGUGUAUUCUGUCUGAACAAAACAAAAAUAUACAAAAGAAACCAACUUUGAGAAAAGUAAAUUUCAGCAAUGCGAAGAUAUAAGGCGUUGCCACACAGUUGUGGGCACAUUUUUCGUUGGGUAAGUACUCAUGCUGUUCUGUCGCUUAACAGAGUGUAAACUCGUAAAAGCAUAGUAAAGUAUAUACACUUUACCACGGUGCAUUCGCUUAUCAAUGUUGAGAAUUGGUAUGGCCAGUGGGGGAAAACAUGUUUCAGAUGGUUGGUCCAAAUGUGUAAAAAAAAUUAUACGCAACAUACUUUGUCAAAUAUUUUAUUUAAAUAACUACCGCUGCUUGUUUAUGACUAACCUGUUAUAAUUGCUUCUUUAAUCAUUGUUAAUAACAAGAGUUUUAAAUGUAUUUGAAAUAUACUUUUGGAACCUGGUUACGAGUUUCCUAAGACGAGGUAAUUUCUCAUUGGCUGUUGCUGUCCAACAAAUUACAUUGCAGCAAGUAGGUUGCUGACAAAUACCUAUCGCUUAUUUAUCCAGUAUGACCCCCUCGCAAGCAUGUUGGGUUUUCUCCAGGCAAACUGGCUUCCCUCCAUAUAAAGCCAAACUAAAACAUAACAAAAAAAAUUCGCCAAAUAUCCUCAAGCUGGACCGUUUGGAAAAAGUGUUGAGACUAAGCGAGGUUUUGCUGGGUAAAUAAAGCACAUUGUUAUCGA